CGGAAGCGGCAGUGAGGCGGCAACUGGCAAAGCAACCAGUCAUCCACUGGCUACGACCAGGAAGAGGACGAGAACCAGCACGAGAACGAGGACAACUCUUGUUUAUUUGAUUAAUAUGCACAGGAUUUAAUUAGGCAGAGGGACGGUUAGUACUGGAGGAGCAGGGGAGAAUGCGACCCAUUUGGGAGUCGGCCAGUAGGCCGCUAUUCGUGCGUUCUGUGUGGCGGGAGGCGAUCGGGAGACGCCACUUCAUCCUCGACUACGAGCCACGUCAGAGGCAGCGCUGGAAACGCCAGAAGACGAGGUUGAAAGCCACCUAUCAGCAGACGCAAUCCUGCGAAAUCUACCAAGAGUCCACUGAGGGCAGUGUCGAGUAUCUGGACGAAGAUCUUCUGCUGGACGCCACCAAGCUGACGCUGCAACAGCAACAGUCCUUGCCCCAAAUGGGGGGUCAGGGCAGGCAGGGGCAGAAUGUGGCCACGACAGGAUCAGGACGAGAGCAGCGGCAUCAUAGCAAUCGCCAUGCCAAGAGGCGGGCCUGGUUGCUGAGCCGAGGACGGACCUACAACCUAGAGCAUCAUCUGACGGACAAUCCCUCCCGACGCAGUUCCCUGCAGGAUUCCAGUAGUGUCCUGCCCAGCACAGCGAACAAUCCUGAAGAGCGUCUGGCGGAGAGAGUGCUCCAUUGGCUGGACUUGGCAGGACGUACGGAUAUUGUAAAGGCGGCCGAGUCGCCUCCGGUGCCUCCUGCCACAAGCAGUGCCCAGUUGGCCAGGUCGGCUCAGAGGAUGCAGAGGACCCAUCAUCGCAGUCUGAGCCUCAAGAGGGUGGCCACAGUGGCUGUGAAUCAUCACCAGCGAUCGGUGGCCGUCAGGAAGCCCAGUGCCAAGCCUGCUCCUGUCCAACCGGUGGUCACCAACUCGACUGCAUCUACCUCCGCCUCCAACGCCAAGCCCAUAACUAUUAUCUUCAACAAAGAGGGCGUGCCUGUCCGCCUCAAUAGACCCGCCCGGAAUAUCGACCUGUGCGCUUUGAGCAGCAGUGCCAGUACCACGAGAAGAAUGGCUGGCCAACUAGCCUCGGUCCGUCUGUACAGUGGAGCCUCGGCCUCGCCGCUGCCGGAGGAGACACGUACCCCGCCGCUCAGUAGCCGGGGCUUGGCAUCCGCCGCCGCAGAUAGCCGGAAGCAGUUGCACAUCUUCAUGCCCAGUCUACCCAAGAAGGGUUUGUUGGGAACAGAAUCCGUCAGUGGCAGUGGCAUUGGUUGCUCUGGCGAGGAUGCCUUGAGUACUAGCUUCAGUGAGCUAUGUCAGCUUUAGUAGAGAUCAUUUUAAAAGAAUUGAUAGUUUAGAGUAUCUUGAGUGUCAUUUAAAAAAAUAUAA